AUGUCUACUGAGGAUACCAAGGAAGCUACCGAACGAAGAGAACCGAAGAAACCAAAAUUCAUCAGCUACCUAUGGGACACGUUCGACAAACCGCCAGCAGAAAGGCGACUGCUGACGAAGCUCGACACAGCACUUAUUUCCUUUGGUGCAGUUGGGUACUUCGUCAAAAGCAUCGACCAAUAUAAUAUCAACAAUGCCUUCGUUUCCGGAAUGCAAGAGGAUUUGAAAUUAUACCAAAACCAAUUGAACUAUAUACAGACCGCUUGGGCUUUGGGUUAUAUGUUGGGGCAGAUUCCAAGCAAUAUUAUUCUCAGUCGGACACGGCCAAGAUACUGGAUACCGAGCCUUGAGGUUUGUUGGGCCGUGCUUACUCUUUCGUUAUCAAGAUGCAAUCAAGCAUACCAAUUUUACAUAAUCCGGCUACUCAUCGGCCUCUGUGAAAGCGGGUACUACCCAGGGAUUCAACACUCUCUCGGUUCAUGGUAUCGAAGCGACGAACUGGGAAAAAGAGCUUGUAUAUUUCAGAUUUGCAGUGCCAUGGGCCAGAUGGCUUCGGGAUACAUAAUGGGCGGAGUAUACCAUAUAGGCGGUGUCGGGGGCUAUAGAGGGUGGCAAUGGGCUUUUAUCAUUAAUGGCUCUAUUUCAUUACCGAUGGCUGUUAUGGGAUACUUUAUACUGCCGGAUGUGCCUGAGAUUACACAGUCAUGGUAUCUGAGCGAAGAGGAAAUCAAACUCGCACAGUUGCGAAUGAUCAUGGAGGGCCGCAAGCCCCGGUCCAAGUACACGAAGGAGAAAUUGAAGAGAAUUUUCACUUCGUGGCACAUAUAUCUCAUGUCUCUUCUAUACGUAGCUUUCAACAACGGAAUUGCAAACACGCAACCGAUUUUUCAACAAUAUCUACGCCAUUCGACUGAUCCUCGGUACUCAAUCCCACAAAUCAACAAUUACCCAACGACCACGUCGGGAGUACAGAUACUGAUGACUAUAAUAUAUGCUUGGCUAUCCGAUACGGUCCUGCGAGGCAGACGUUGGCCACCUCUUGUAUUUGGUGGAGUUGUAAAUAUCAUCUGCUAUGUGUCACUGGCCAUUUGGGAUAUCCCCGCCUGGUGGAAGUGGACAUGUCUCAUUUCAGCAGGUGCAUCAUUUGGCUUGAGUGGGCUUUGCAUGGCCUGGGCCAACGAAGUCUGCGGCAACGACAGCGAAGAACGCGCCAUCACCAUCGCAGCCAUGAACGAAAUCGCAUACAUCCUACAAAUAUGGCUCCCACUACUAGUCUGGCAACAAGUCGAUGCACCACGAUACUUCAAGGGCUACGUCACAGUGUCCGCCAUGUCAGUCAUUUUUAUCACCAUGUGCUUCGUGGUUCGCAACUUGCACAACAAAGAAUCGUCCGCUGCCCGGAUAGCGCAAGAACAUACCACGCAGAGUUGCAUUCAAUUACAACAACAGCAUGAGCGCAUGGUGGAGGGAGAAAAGAAUGGUUCGGGUAGUAAUAUUCAGUUGUCGCGAUUCAAGAGUGUUGAGACUUCGUCUUCGGGACAGUAUGAUAGCGAGGCGAUUUCUCCUUCAAAUGACAUUUCGCCUUACGAUGAGGAGAAGGGGCUUGUUUCUAGAAGAUUGUACGUACAAUCUCCAAAUGAGUCUGGUGACAUCAAGGGAAUUGAAGCUCAGCCGUCACGAUUGCUCUGA